UUUCAAUGACAUCCAACAUUUGUUUUCCUUGACUUACAAAUAGCUUGUUCAGGGACAAGGAAGCACUUACCUAAUGGUGAUCUCCAGAAGUUAGGGGAGGGAAAAGACAGUAAGACUCAAUCUUAAUUAGUAGGGAUCUCAGACACAGAUAUAAGGGGAAUGUUCUUGCACUGGAUGACGAACGAGCAGGGAGCUGCAAUUAGUGUUUCUCUUUAACACUAGGGGCUGGCUGAUAAAACAUUUGUGAGAACAAAGAAGGAGGGAAAAUUACAAAAACAAGGGCAAAGAACAACUUGAUCAAAAUAGACAGACAGACAGACAGACAUGAUCUCCUCCACAGUGUUGUUCUAUGGGAACUACAUGCUAUGCCUGUGUCUGGGACUGCUGUGUGUGGUGUUUGUCAGUUACUGGAAUGCCGAGUGGCGUGGUGGCUUCGCCUGGGAUGCGUCCUUUCUGCAGUUCAACUGGCACCCUGUGCUCAUGGUGACUGGCCUGGUAGUCCUGUAUGGGAAUGCGGCUAUCCUAUACCGCGUCCCCUUUACCUGGGGUCAGAGGAAGCAGCGCUGGAAGCUGGUGCACGCUGCUCUGCUGCUGUCCUCCCUGUUCCUGUCCAUCCUUGGGCUGUGUGCUGUGUUUGACUUCCACACAGGCUACCACAUCCCCAACCUGUACUCCCUCCACAGCUGGGUGGGCAUCUGCACCAUAGUCCUGUUCACUGCCCAGUGGGUCCUUGGCCUGGUUGGUUUCCUGUCUACCUGCUCUCCCCUCGGGUUCCGUGAGCUCCUGAAACCAGUUCACGCCUGGAUGGGAGUGGCCAUCUUUAUCCUCAGCCUGGCCUCCUGUCUCUCUGGCAUCAACGAGAAGCUGCUCCUUACUCUCAACGGCAACAGCAACAGCACCGCAGCCUAUUCCUCACAUCCUGCAGAGGCCUUGUUUGCUAACUUCCUGGGUGUCCUGAUCGUGGCCUUUGGAUUGGUGGUCCUUGGAAUCCUAUCCAAUCAGAGGUGGAAAAGGCCAGAGCCAGGGCAGGAAAGCUCUAGAUCAUUGCUUCCGGGGGACAACUGAAGGAGUAGAAGACCUUGGUGUCCUAUUCUUCUCCCUGCCCUUUUCUAUUUUUGGAUAAUGGAUCAAUUGGAGACAAAGAACACUCUGAUGUUCCCUCCUGUGUCUCAGAAUACCAGCUGUGGUAGUGGUUACAUGUGACAUGAUGACAUGAUGAGUGACGUGUGAUGUUUUUACACUGUAACUGUGUAGGCGGCCUAUACUGUCUAUAGUAUAUGGGUGACUAUGUGCAUUAUAGCAUUAUGUGUGGUAUAGGCCCUAUACUAUACUAUUAAUAGGCUGUACUACUGCAUAGUCCAUUUUUAAAAGCUAAUUUGAUCAUGCCUGAUCCUGCUCUCUCUGUUAAAACUGUAUCAUAAUAAUGUACUAGAUACACUAUUACUCUCUUUGCAAUGAAAAUUGGUUGGGUUUUGUGAAAAGUUGAAUAAAGUUGGCAUG